GAAAUCUACCAAUGUUCUCAGGGCCGUUUUUGACAAAUGGUUAUUGUACCUGGUGGUGAUGGUCCUCUCAGAUUCAAAAUUCUUCAAGUCAGCCACUUUUUCUCUCCAUGGGUAUUUGCCAUUUGAAGAUUGACCUCUUUGUAAGAGCAGGAGGUUCUAGAAUCUGAUACAUCGGUUGAACUAUUUCUAUUUCUGAUCGUAGCUGGCUGAAAGAAUAGAUAUCGAGACGCAUUGAAUAAUAAUGGAGUGCAAUAAAGAUGAGGCAGCCAGGGCUAAGGAGAUUGCUGAGAAGAAAUUCACCGAAGGAAAUUAUGCUGGGGCUAAGAAGUUCGCGUUGAAAGCACAAAAUUUGUACUCUGAGCUUGAGGGUUUGCCCCAAAUGUUAACAACACUUGAUGUAUACAUCUCAGCUGAAAAUAAAUUUAGUGGGGAAGCAGAUUGGUAUGGCAUACUUGGGGUGAAUCCCGUGGAUGAUGAUGACACAAUUAGGAAGCAAUACAGAAAGUUGGCUCUCAUGCUUCAUCCUGAUAAAAACAAGUCUAAUGUCGCAGAGGGUGCAUUUAAGUUGGUUUCGGAGGCCUGGAGUUUGUUAUCAGACAAGGGCAAGCGACUAGCAUACAAUCAGAGGAGGAAUUUGAGAGGAUUUCAACAGAAAGUUCAAACCAAGACUGGGGGUCAAUCGGCAGCACCCAAUUCAAAUGGCUUUCAACAGUUUACCAACAAUGGAACUUCAAAUGUAAGGACUCAACAAAGUAAUAAACGGCCUGGUUUCACCUCAAUCCCUUCACUUAAGAAGACAGAUACCUUUUGGACUAUUUGCAACAGAUGCAGGACUCAUUACGAGUAUCUCAGGAUUUAUCUCAAUCACACUCUCCUCUGUCCCAAUUGCCACGAGGCUUUUAUGGCUCUAGAGAAGGAUCCACCACAAACGGCUUUUAAGCAAUCCAAUUGGUCUUCUCGCCAAUCACAUCAGAACAAGGGUCAUGCUUCUGCAAGUAACAACCAGUUUAGUUCCGGGAAAAAGAUUCCAGGUACUCAAAAUGCAGAAGCUGGGGUGUCCACGGAUGCUAAUUCUCUCAACGGCAAAAACUUCCAGUGGGGUCCUUUCUCGAGAACAACUGGUGAUCAUAGCACAAUUCCAACAUCCUCUGCUGCUGCUCAAGCUGCAAGUGUGGUUCAGCAAGCAAGUGAGAAGGUUAAAAGAGAGCGAGAGGAAAGACAGUACACUGCUGAAUGGGAGAAGGGUCACCUCUUUAAGGGGACGGCUAAUCCUCCUCCUCAAGUAGACAGGCCAUUGAAAAGGAGAAACCUGGAAAACAAUCAUCUGAAUGGUUAUAGAGGCUACGUGGCCAAUGAAAUGGCUAUGGGGAAUGGUGGAGCUAGUGCAGGAGGUGUAUUUGAAUUUAGAAAAGGAAAUACUGAAACGAAUAGGUUCUUCGGUACAUCUGGUACUUAUGUGAAGCCCAACACCGCGAGAGAGUUAUCUUAUCCUGAGAUUAAAAAUAUGCUGAUGUAUAAGGCAAGAACUAAAAUUCUCAGGAAGCUUGAGGAGUGGAGAUCAUUGAGUUCAAAAGCUGGAGAUAAGGAAAAAGAGAGGGAGGGAGAAAAAGCGAACAAGAAACAAAAGAGAGUGGUGAAAGGUUACAAAGAGAACCCGAGACACAGUAAGUCGUCUAGUAUUGAUACGAAGUCUGUUGCUGACGAUACAGAUAAAGAGGGGGAGAUCUUACCUGUGUCAAUCAAUGUUCCUGAUCCUGAUUUCCAUAAUUUUGACUUGGACAGAACUGAAAGUUCCUUUGGAGAGGAGCAAGUAUGGGCUGCAUAUGACAAUGAUGAUGGGAUGCCUCGCUUUUAUGCUCGAGUUCACAAGGUUAUCUCGUUGAAGCCAUUUAAGAUGCGGAUAAGUUGGCUUAACUCAAGAAGCAAUAGUGAAUUGGGUCCAAUAGACUGGAUUGGUUCUGGUUUUAUUAAAACCUGUGGGGACUUCAGAAUUGGCAAACAUGAAACCACCGGCGCAUUGAAUGCUUUCUCGCACAAGGUCAGUUGGGCAAAAGGCACACGUGGAGCAAUUCGGAUAUAUCCAGGAAAGGGGCAAGUUUGGGCCGUUUAUAAGAAUUGGUCACCUGAUUGGAAUGAGCAAACUUCAGAUGAAGUGAUACAUAAAUAUGAGAUGGUGGAAGUGCUAGACGAUUUUAAUGAGGAACAAGGUGUUUCUGUUGCUCCUCUAAUUAAGGUUGAUGGUUUCAGGACAGUGUUUCGAAUGCGCUCGGAUCCUGAAGAGGUCAGGAGAAUUCCUAAACAAGAGUUGUUCCGGUUUUCGCAUCAGGUUCCUUUUUACUUGCUAACGGGCGAAGAAGCCCACAAUGCUCCAAAGGGUUGUCGUGAGUUAGAUCCAGCAGCCACGCCUUUGGAACUCAUUCAGGUGACGAAAGAAGCUAACGAAGAGGCGGCGAAGGAGAAUGGCGGAAAAGUAGCAGAACAGAUGCCUCAAAGCACCCCAAGUAGAGAAACGGAUGAGGUGAUGGAGAUUGCUCCAAAAGCGGAGGAAAAAGUGGCAACUGAAAAUGGCAAACGAACCAAUGAUGAUGAUAGAUAGUAAUGCAUGAUGGGGUAGCCAGAGAACUUGAUGAGGUUAUGCUUAGCAAGAAACAAAGAAUUUAGGGCGCAAAUAUCAUUGAAGAAGAUAGAUUGAUUUAAGUGGCUUUUUGAUUAUUUUGAGCCUAACCAAGUGUACAUAACGCUUCUUCUUGCCGUCAUUGUUUAGAGACGAUCCAGAGCCGUUUGGGUUUUGUGGCUGUAUAAUGUGGGGAUUGUUUAAAUUUUACCUAGAGAAAGUCCAUGCAUGAGGUAUACUGACGGUAAGUUUUGUCUUGGUUUUCUUUUUGAAGGUGAAGGGUAUAGGAUUAAUGGCUGUUACUUGGUUAAAUGUUUUGCUUCUUGUCUACUGGGAUUGGAUCCCCUUUGAAUUAAUUCAAGAACUUUGUUUUCUCCGUGUCAGAUUGCUUUUUGGUAUUUUGUAACAA